UGUAUUGAGACUUUUUUCCAUCCCUUGAAAAAUGAAUAAAAAUUCUCUAGUAAAAAUCAAAAAUAAGAAAUUUUGAAGCUAAAAGCUAAAUUCCGCCAAUAUGGCUGCUCCAUUCAAAAGCCGGACGAAUUCUGAGUUGAGCGUCAAGACAUACAUAACUGUGAAGAAUUUCCCUAGUGAAAAAAUGCUCAAAGAAAACUCCAUAAGAUUAUCAAAACAACAACGAGCACCCCGGCAAGUACAUAUAAAAGAAUCCUCAUCACAUAGCUUUAAAAGUGCAGUAUUUGAUGAGGAGAAUAUUUUAUCGACACAAUCGUCAAAUAAGUCACAGAGUAUGAACGAGAUGACCUCUCUAGCUACACCCUACACAAAACCAGUUAAUAUGAAUUCGAAGUUAAUGGAAAUAAACGCUARAAGAUCGUCCGAGGCAAGCUUCGUUUUAGAAACUUCAACACCAAUGAAUGUAUCUUCGUAUAGUGUUUCAUCGCCGGCCUUCCUAUUGAAGAGACAGCAAUUCUGUAAAGGUGAAUAUACAAAUGCGAAAUGUGGUCGGUACGCUCGCAUACAUCCGCCAUUGUGUAGCAUUCCAGCAGAGCAUUUAGUAUGCGUCUCGGGMUCUAUAGAGAGUUUGACCGAUUAUUUAGAAUCACCGCAUAUAACGGUAUAUCCGUGAUGGUUUGGAUUAAGCGAAAAAGCA